AUGGGUAACCACCCACUCACCACCCGUUUGACCUCAUUAGUGUCAACCUUGCACCUCACGUUGCAGAACCUGGGCGUGAACCCAGCCAACAUUGGCUUCAGCUAUUUGACCAUGGAGUCUGACAAGUUCAUCUGCAUCAGGGAGAAGGUGGGCGAGCAGAACCAGGUUGUCAUCGUGGACAUGUCUGACCCCACCAACCCAAUUAGGCGACCCAUUUCAGCUGACAGCGCCAUCAUGAACCCCACCAGCAAAGUCAUCGCCCUGAAAGACGCUGCUAAGACGCUGCAGAUCUUCAACAUUGAAAUGAAAAGCAAGAUGAAGGCCCACUCUAUGACGGACGAGGUCAUGUUUUGGAAGUGGAUUUCAGUAAAUACUGUUGCCUUGGUGACAGAGACAGCUGUCUAUCAUUGGAGCAUGGAGGGGGAUUCCCAGCCAAACAAAGUAUUUGAUCGGCACGCCAGUCUGGCUGGAUGUCAAAUCAUCAACUACAGAACUGAUGAACAGCAGAAGUGGCUGCUGUUGAUUGGGAUUUCUGCACAGCAAAACCGUGUGGUUGGGGCAAUGCAGCUGUACUCCGUGGAAAGAAAAGUGUCUCAGCCUAUCGAAGGUCACGCUGCUGCCUUCGGGGAGUUCAAAGUGGAGGGGAACGCCAGUCCGUCCACGCUUUUCUGCUUCGCUGUGCGAUCACAAGCGGGUGGGAAGCUGCACAUCAUUGAAGUGGGUCAGCCAGCUGCAGGAAACCAGCCAUUUGCAAAGAAAGCAGUGGAUGUGUUUUUCCCUCCAGAGGCCCAGACAGACUUUCCUGUAGCCAUGCAGAUCGGAAGUAAACACGGUGUCAUAUAUUUAAUCACCAAGUAUGGUUACAUUCACCUCUACGACCUGGAGUCAGGAGUGUGCAUCUACAUGAACAGAAUCAGUGCUGAAACUAUUUUUGUCACGUCGCCACAUGAAGCCAGCUCGGGAAUCAUUGGAGUCAAUAAAAAGGGACAGGUCUUGUCAGUAUGUGUUGAAGAAGAAAACAUUGUCAACUACGCCACAAAUGUCCUGCAGAAUUCAGAGCUGGCCUUAAGGAUGGCUGUGAGGUCCAACCUUGCUGGUGCUGAGGAACUUUUUUCAAGGAAGUUCAACACUCUGUUUGCCCAGGGAAGUUAUUCAGAGGCGGCAAAGGUUGCUUCGUCGGCACCAAAGGGUGUUUUGCGGACUGCCGAGACCAUCCGCAAGUUUCAGAGUGUCCCGGCCCAACCGGGCCAGGCAUCUCCACUGUUACAGUACUUUGGUAUUCUGUUGGACCAGGGUCAACUCAACAAAUUCGAAUCCCUGGAGUUGUGCAGGCCUGUCCUGCAGCAGGGCCGCAAGCAACUACUGGAAAAGUGGCUGAAAGAGGACAAGCUGGAGUGCUCAGAGGAGCUGGGGGAUCUGGUGAAGGCUUCAGACCCAACCCUCGCUCUUAGCGUGUACCUCAGAGCCAAUGUUCCCAACAAGGUCAUUCAAUGCUUUGCAGAGACUGGACAGUUCCAAAAGAUUGUAUUAUAUGCCAAAAAAGUUGGCUACACCCCUGAUUGGGUGUUUUUGCUGAGGAACGUGAUGCGUGUCAAUCCGGACCAGGGACUGCAAUUUGCCCAGAUGCUAGUCCAGGAUGAAGAACCGCUGGCCAACAUUAACCAGAUUGUGGAUGUGUUCAUGGAAGGCAGCCUGAUCCAGCAGUGCACAUCCUUCCUAUUGGAUGCUUUAAAAAAUAACAGGCCAGCUGAAGGACACCUACAGACACGUCUCCUUGAGAUGAACCUCAUCCAUGCGCCACAGGUGGCAGAUGCGAUCAUGGGGAACCAGAUGUUCACACACUACGAUCGUGCUCAUGUUGCUCAGCUGUGCGAGAAGGCAGGCCUUCUGCAGAGAGCUCUGGAGCACUACACUGACCUUUACGAUAUCAAGCGAGCUGUGGUGCACACACAUCUGCUCAACCCUGAGUGGCUACUAAACUUCUUUGGCUCUUUGUCAGUGGAGGACUCUUUGGAGUGUUUAAGAGCCAUGCUGUCUGCUAACAUUAGACAGAACCUGCAACUCUGUGUGCAGGUAGCAUCCAAAUAUCACGAGCAGCUGGGAACUCAGGCUCUUAUGGAACUCUUUGAGUCCUUCAAGAGUUACGAGGGGUUGUUUUACUUCCUCGGUUCAAUUGUGAAUUUCAGCCAAGAGCCUGAUGUUCACUUCAAGUACAUCCAGGCGGCUUGCAAGACUGGACAGAUCAAAGAAGUUGAGAGGAUCUGCAGGGAGAGCAAUUGUUACGAUCCGGAAAGGGUUAAGAAUUUCCUCAAGGAAGCCAAGUUGACAGAUCAGCUUCCUCUCAUUAUUGUUUGUGACCGCUUUGACUUUGUCCACGACUUGGUACUCUACCUCUAUCGCAACACUCUACAGAAAUACAUUGAAAUCUAUGUACAAAAAGUUAACCCUAGUCGAUUACCAGUAGUGAUAGGUGGCCUGCUGGAUGUGGACUGUGCGGAAGAUGUCAUUAAGAACUUGAUCAUGGUGGUCAGAGGGCAGUUUUCCACUGAUGAGCUUGUAGAUGAGGUGGAGAAAAGAAACAGGUUAAAACUCCUGUUACCAUGGUUGGAGUCGCGCAUUCACGAGGGCUGUGAGGAACCAGCCACCCACAACGCUCUGGCCAAGAUUUACAUCGACAGCAACAACACACCUGAACGCUUUCUUAAAGAGAACACUUUCUAUGACAGCGCUGUGGUGGGACGCUACUGCGAGAAGCGGGACCCUCACUUAGCCUGUGUGGCUUAUGAGAGAGGGCAGUGUGACAUGGACCUCAUCAAGGUCUGCAAUGAGAAUUCUUUAUUUAAAAGCGAGGCCCGGUAUUUGGUGCGACGGAAAGAUCCAGAACUUUGGGCCAGUGUGCUGGAAGAGAACAAUCCUUACAGGAGGCCCCUCAUUGAUCAGGUGGUACAAACUGCACUAUCAGAGACCCAGGACCCAGAGGAGGUGUCAGUAACUGUCAAGGCAUUCAUGACUGCUGACCUACCCAACGAGUUGAUUGAACUUCUGGAGAAGAUUGUCCUUGAUAACAAUGUUUUUAGUGAACACAGAAACCUUCAGAACCUGCUAAUUUUGACUGCCAUUAAAGCGGACCGCACACGUGUGAUGGAGUAUGUCAAUAGACUAGACAACUACGACGCCCCGGACAUUGCAAAUAUUGCUAUCAGCAAUGAACUCUUCGAGGAGGCUUUUGCCAUUUUCAAGAAGUUUGACGUCAACACGUCAGCCAUCAUGGUAUUAAUAGAAAAUAUAGGAAACUUGGAUCGGGCCUAUGAGUUUGCUGAGCGGUGCAAUGAGCCUGCGGUAUGGAGCCAGUUAGCCCGGGCUCAGCUGCAAAGAGACCUGGUCAAGGAGGCCAUUGACUCGUAUAUCAAAGCAGUGGACCCCUCAGCCUAUAUGGAGGUGGUCAAUGCAGCCAGCAAAAACAACACCUGGGAAGACUUGGUCAAAUUCCUUCAGAUGGCUCGCAAGAAAGCACGGGAAUCAUACGUGGAAACGGAGUUAAUCUUUGCUUUGGCUAAAACAAACCGUCUUGCGGAGCUGGAGGAGUUUGUCAGUGGCCCUAACAAUGCUCACAUCCAGCAGGUGGGGGACAGGUGUUAUGAAGAGGAAAUGUAUGAGGCUGCUAAGCUCUUGUACAACAAUGUGUCAAACUUUGCUCGGCUGGCAUCCACACUUGUCCACCUUGGAGAGUACCAGGCUGCUGUGGACAGCGCCAGGAAAGCCAACAGCACACGUACUUGGAAGGAGGUUUGUUUCGCAUGCGUCGACGGCGAGGAAUUCCGUUUGGGGCAAAUCUGCGGCCUCCACAUUGUCAUCCAUGCCGAUGAAUUGGAGGACUUGAUCAGUUACUACCAGGACCGAGGCUACUUUGAGGAGCUGAUCGCUUUGCUAGAGGCAGCUCUAGGCCUGGAGCGAGCGCAUAUGGGCAUGUUCACUGAGUUGGCCAUUCUUUACUCCAAGUUCAAGCCUCAGAAGAUGAAAGAGCACCUGGAGCUCUUCUGGUCCAGAGUCAACAUUCCAAAGGUCCUGCGUGCAGCAGAACAGUCCCACUUAUGGGGCGAGCUGGUUUUCCUAUUUGAUAAGUACGAGGAGUACGACAAUGCCAUCAUUACAAUGAUGUCUCAUCCCACUGACGCCUGGAAAGAAGGCCUCUUUAAAGACAUCAUUGCGAAGGUAGCCAAUGUGGAGUUGUACUAUAAGUCUCUUUCCUUCUACUUGGAUUACAAGCCUCUUCUACUCAACGACCUGCUGACUAUUUUGUCUCCACGAUUGGAUCAUAAUCGAGCUGUCACCUAUUUCACCAAGGUGAACCAAUUGAAGCUAGUCAAGCCAUAUCUAAGGUCUGUCCAGAAUAACAAUAACAAGUCCGUCAAUGAAGCCCUUAACAACUUGCUGACAGAGGAGGAGGACUACCAGGGCCUGAGGGCAUCGAUUGAUGCCUAUGACAAUUUUGACACCAUCGGUCUCGCCCAGAGGUUAGAAAAACAUCAGCUGAUUGAGUUUCGACGCAUCGCUGCUUAUCUAUACAAAGGCAACAACCGCUGGAGACAAAGCGUUGAGCUCUGCAAGAAGGACAAACUCUACAAGGACGCAAUACUUUUUGCUGCUGAGUCGAAGGAUGCAGAACUCGCAGAAACCUUGCUGCAGUGGUUUCUUGAAGAGGGGAAGAAGGAGUGCUUUGCCGCCUGCCUCUUUGCGUCGUACGACCUGCUACACCCUGACGUGGUGCUGGAACUGGCAUGGAGGCACAACAUCAUUGACUUUGCCAUGCCGUACUUCAUCCAGGUCAUGAGGGAAUACCUCACUAAGGUUGAUGAAUUUGCGGCGAAGGUGACGGUGGACAAACUGGAGACAGCUGAAAGCCAGAGGCAAAGUGAAGAGGUGGUGACAGAAACUCAACCGAUGGUGUUCGGUCAGCAGCUGAUGCUGACCGGCUCUCCUGCUCCAGUGACGCCCCAGCCGGCGUAUCCGGGCUACAGCUACCCUGCCAAUGCUGCCGGUUACCCCACUCAGCCUGCCUACGGCUUCCCCAUGUAG